AAUUACCAAAUAAAAUAGAAAACUAUAAUAUCCGUUAAACUUUAACACACUCCACCCUCUUUCUUUCUUAAGCACGCACACCUUUUCACGUGAUCCAGCCAUAUUUAAACACCGUCCUCGAGCUCUCGAGGAAUCGAAUUUUCCAAUCGGGCUGCAGAGAAAGAGCCAGUCGACAGAAGAUACCAACCUGCCUACCAUCAGGAGCUGACAGCCUCGCCAGUCGCCACAGAAACGACUACUACCCGUGCCGUGAGUAACGAAAAGGGAGAGAGAGCUCGCUCGCUCGCUCGCUCGCCUCUGGCCUCCGGCAUCUCCUCCAUUCCUCUCUGCUCGGUGCCCGCGUCGCGAGAAGAGAUCACGAGAGGUAAGGUAAUGGCCGAGGCAGCGGCAAGGGGAGCGCGAUGAGGUGCGCCAGGCACCCGUACGAGGGCGGCGUCGGCGUCUGCGCGCCGUGCCUCCGCGACCGCCUGCUCGCGCUUGCCGCCGCGCAGAACGCCGCGUCCUCGCUGCCCCCGCCCCUACCCCCACCGGAGCCGCCCGAGCCCGAGCCGGUGUUCCCGAGAUCCGUGUCGUCGCCGUACGUGUGCCGCCGCAAGUCCGACGCGUCGUCGGCGCCGCGGGGGCGCCCGCCGGGGAGCCUGCUCUUCUUCCGGACGCCGCAGGUCGGCCCCGCGUACGGCGCCGGGUCAGGAGCUGCUGCCGGGUUCGAGGAUGGCGACAUCGGGUUGUUCCGGAGGCGGCGCGGCAGGUUCUCCGUGCUCGCCACGCUCUUCGGCCACACACCGGACGACGACAGACAAGGCGGCAAGGAGCGGAGGCACAGGCCGUCCUCCUGGCUCGCGGCGAUCGUGCCGCGCGCCCGACGUAGGAGGAGGAAGGACGGGGAGGCGAGCGCUCUGCCGCCACCGUCCCCACCGCGGCGCUCAUGCCGCGGGAUCAGCGACCGGGGACUCUCGCCGGUGAGGUACUACGCCGACGGGGACGGCGAGGAGAGCACCUCACCGGCGGAGUCGCCGUGGUGGCUACCUUCGCCGUCGCCGAUGCGGAAAACCCCAUGCCGUCGCCGCCUGGGACUGGGACUGGGAGCGCCUGGGGCCGGCGUCUCGGGGUUCUCGGUGUGCAUCAGCCCGCUCGUGCGGCCCAGCCUGGGGAGGCACCUCCGCGGCGGCCACCCGCCGGACGCGAUCGUCGCUGGAGAGCUUCGCCCGUCGCCGCUCCACCCGCUCACUUCCAGCGCCUCGCUCCACCACUGCCGCUCCUGGAAGCUCGCCGACGGCGGCCGGUUCCGGUGAACUCAUCGACGACUCCCUGUCCAUGUGACCCUGUAAAACUCCUUUCUCACUGUUCUCCAACAUGCUCGGUCCAUUUUUCACACAGAACUUACACGACCAUUGUUACUUCGUGGGUUUUAUCCUUUUUAUUUUUCCUUUUUUUUUUAUUUUGGUUUUACCUUGACGUGAAAGCUAGGGAAAACAAGGAAUUUGUGCCUCGCAAGCUGUUCCACUGACAUUUGGGCACCGACAUUUCUAACGGUGCCGUUUGUCAGCGGAACAUGUUGCAACGCUGUAAAAAGGAUCAAGCUCCCCGUGCUCAGUGUUCAUGUACAGCUUAUUGCGCCUUAUCGCGUUCUGAGAUUCUCCGGUCAAGAAGCUUGAUGAGGUCUGGUUAGAUGGUGUAAAGGCCAUGUGGGCGGAAUUAAAUGCUCGAAUUAUUAA